GCAGAACUUCCUCUCCUAUAAUUGCAACUUACAAAACCACUUUCGUCUUUGUGGCUGUACUGAUCCAGCAGUAAGAAACAAAUGCCUUUCACCAAACAAUUUUGAUUGUGGUCAUUAAAGAAAAACAGAACGGUUUAUAUUAGUCGGUGGACUGGCAGGUGGUGAUGACAGGCCACGUUUAGAGAUCUAUUAGUGUUAAAAUAGUUUUUAGCAGUUGAACCAAAACUUCCUGUUUCCUAAAUGCAACUGUGCGCAUCGCCAGAUUCCACUUAUUUUGGUUCAAAGCAUUGCAUUGCUUGCACAGGGGCAUUACAAAGACAUUGCUACAAUGGUGAUAAAAUUGGAAGUCUGGCUUAUUAUGACAUUGAAGAUCACACUAAUUCUGUGCCAAAAGGACGUGACGACCAUAAAGAAUCAACCCUGCGAUAUACAUGAGAACAAAACUGAGAUGACGAUUGUGGUCAACUGCGGUGGACGUGGACUCAAGGUAAUGCCGACGCUCCAGAGAAACACCACCUCCCUUGACCUUUCUGAGAACAGGAUCAAGAACUUAACAUCAGGAGUUUUCCGAUACCUGGAGAAUCUGACCGCUUUAAAUCUGAACUGGCUGAAUAAGAAUCAGAAGGUUGUUGUUGGCGACGAGGAGUUUGUGAAUUUGACCAAGUUGCGUACGUUGGAGCUCGACGGGUUCAGACUAAAGAACGUACCAAAAAAACUUCCAAAAAACCUGCAGGAACUAAUGCUUGUUGUGAACAACAUCAUCUGGUUAAACUCGACGACUUUUGCGCAUGUGCCAAAUCUGACACUUCUUUUUCUUUCGAAAAACUGCUUCUACUGGAAUCCUUGCUUGAGAGAUUAUCACAUAGAAGAUGGGAGUCUUUCGGUCCUGACAAGAUUGAAACAUCUUACUUUAUCGUACAACAACAUAACUCGAGUGCCCAGAGGAUUACCGGUGUCUUUAAGGACUCUCGAGCUCGCUUCAAACAGAAUCGCGUACGUCGGAGAGCAUGACUUCCAAGGACUCGACAAUCUGACAACUCUAAAGAUCCAAGGAAACUGCCCAAGGUGUAACAAUGCUCCAUAUCCAUGUGUUCCUUGUAAAAAUGUUUCCAUUGAAAUCCAUCCGCGAGCUUUUUCCAACCUUAAAAAGCUGCAGAUUCUGCACCUCGCAGGGAAUUCACUCACGUCCGUAGAUCCUGGCUGGCUCGCCAAUAUUUUGGAACUUAAGAAGCUCUACCUUUCGUUCAAUUACUUGUUCACAGCUGUCCAAGAGAAUGUUUUCUUGGGUAAUCUGCCACUGCUUACCAAACUUGAUCUUUCAUUUAACUUUGCCCUUAAGACUUACCCGCCCACUGUUACGCUAUCGCCCAGCUUCGCGAAUUUGACCUCGCUGAGGAUACUGAACCUUCGAGGAUUGGUGUUUCAAGAAAUCCAUGAUGAUACAUUCCGCUCUCUGUACGGCUUACGAAAUCUCUCUGUGUUGGAUGUAGGAAUAAACUUCAUUGUGCGUGCAAAUUCAAACAUAUUUGAAAAAUUCCAACACGUGAAACUACUCUAUCUUUCAGAAAACAGACUUUACCCGGUGAUCAAUAGGAACUUGAGAAAAGACACAGGUGUUGGUUUAAAAUCCUCGUUCGCGAUGCCGUCGGUGUCAGACCCUUACCCUAAAGAUCAUUCCUAUGAUGUUCCAAAAAAUCUCGUGAAGCCAGAGUGCUACGCCACCGGUCGAGUGUUGGAUCUCAGUCGAAAUAACCUGUUCCUAAUUUCUCCUGCACAGUUUGAGUCAUACGGGAACAUAUCUUGCCUCAAUCUCUCCAUGAAUGGCUUUUCCACGGCUCCGAAUGGAUCCGAAUUCACAUCGCUUCCAGGUCUCAAAUACCUAGAUUUGUCCUACAACAAAAUAGAUCUGGCUUACGAUCACGCCUUCCAAGAGUUACAGAGUCUUGAGGUGCUGGACCUGAGUUACAACCCCCAUUAUUUCACCGUACAAGGUGUGACGCACAAUUUGAACUUCCUCCAAUAUUUGCCCUCUCUGAAGGUGUUGAACAUGAGCUACAAUUACAUCUUCACGUUGACCACCAAAACCAUCUCAAGCGCAUCUAUUCAAGAGCUGCAAUUCAUUCACAAUAGUCUCGGCAGGAUGUGGAGGGAUCGAGACAGAACCUACGAUAGGCUUUUCGCAAACUUGACCAAUCUGACUUAUCUUGACAUAUCCUGCAAUGAUAUCGAGAAAAUCCCUUUUAGAGUUUAUACGCUUCUUCCCAGAAGCAUUCAGAAGUUGCGAUUAAGCCAAAACGAUCUGGUGGUUUUUAACUGGACGAUGUUAAGAAAUUUCCCACAUCUCCAAGAGCUCAUUUUAAAUAACAACAAGAUCUAUCAGAUAUCAAGUAAUUUGGCAAGUGAUGCUCCCUCUUUACAGUUCCUCAAUCUCCAGUACAACCGAAUAUCCAAGCUCUCCGAUGGAUUUCUAAAGGGAGCGGUAAACCUUGAGGCACUUGAUCUCAGUCACAACUAUCUCAUAACCAUCAACCAGUCCACGUUUCCACCUGAAACCGAGAGUUACCUGAAGAAGCUGUGGCUCAACGGCAACCCGUUCCACUGCACGUGCGACCUACUUGAAUUCAUUCUGUGGAUUUCUAAAACCAAUGUGAAAAUCCCUAAAUUGGUGACCUCGGUGCUGUGCGCCAUGCCGGAAGAGAGGAAAGGUCAGUCUGUUAUAAAAUUUAAAACUGAAGAAUGCAACAAUGACCAAUUGGCCUUUCUGGCGUGCUUCCUCUCACUUGUGUGCAUUAUAUGCACCACUUUCGUGGUCAUCGCAAUGCACCUUUUCUACUGGGAUGCCUCCUACUUAUUCUACUAUUUGAAAGCCAGAUUCACUGGGUAUCAGCACCUGAGCUCCGACAGCUGCAUCUACGACGCCUUCAUCACCUACGACACCAAGGACGUGCAGGUGUCCGACUGGGUGCUCAACCACCUGCGGGUGCAGCUGGAGGAACGAGGCGAGCGCUUCCUACCCAUCUGCCUGGAGGAGCGGGACUGGAUCCCCGGCUCUCCCGUCUUGGACAGCCUGACCCAGAGCAUCCAGCACAGCCGCAAAACCGUCUUCGUGCUGACCGAGGCUUACGUGAACAGCGGCUCCUUCAAGCUGGCCGUCUUCCUGGCUCACCAGAGGCUGGUGGAGGACAACGAGGACGUGAUCGUGCUGCUGCUCCUGGAGCCCGUGCUGCAGUACUCGCAUUUCCUGCGGCUGCGCAGGCGUCUGUGCGCUCGCAGCAUCCUCGAGUGGCCGCGCUCCUCGUCCGCCGAAGCCUGGUUCUGGCAAUCCCUGCGGAACGCCAUACGGGUGGACAACCAGGCCAUGUACAGCGAACUCUAUAGCCGAUACUUCACCACCAAGUAGAUGCAGAAACCUGAUUUGAAAACUAGUACCAUGCUAAAUUGUUUUAAUGACCCCUUAAUGACCAAAAUAUGAUCAAAAUAUGAGGGAAGAACAAAACACUAAUCUUGUUUAAGGUACUUAUCUGACAAAAUUAUUUGGCAAAACAGAAAAAAAUGCAUAUUAAUAUUUAAUGAUCACUUUUAUACUGUACAUGGAAUUUCAAGCUUAUUUGCUUGGUCACUAAUGUAUUAAAUAUUGAAUUUUGUAUUUUUUUUUUAUUGAAGGCUGAAACUCACUUGCACACUGUGAAAAGUGAUAUGAUCUGUAAGUCAUGCCAAUGUUUUCACAUUACUUUAACUCAUCGAAAUAAUUUACACAGUUUCAACUUUAUAAGUUAUCAACUCAAUUUUUUAAAGUCGGUUUAAUAUAAUAAAGUUGAAAUUGUACAAACAAGAUGAUUCAACUCAAUGUAAGACAGGAACUGAAAGGUUUUUAAGUGAAAAAGGCGGAAUUUUUUACAAAUGUAAAUUCAAACUAUUAAAACAAAAAUAUUUACAAUAACAGUCCAAAAGUCAUUGUUUCUCGUUGCAAACAAAGGAACAUUUCACAAGGAGCAUCUGUUUUUUCUAUUUUUCAUAACAAAAUGAUAAAAACUUAUAUACAUACAUUUACAAUAAGGUUCCAGUUGUUGACAUUAGUUAGUUAACAUGAACUAACAGUGAGAUACUCCUAAAGCAUUUAUUAAUCUCAGUUAAUGUUCAUAAUAUUAUUAAAAUCAAAAAGCUGUAUUUUUAUUAACUAAUGUUAACAAAGAUUAAAUGCAUUGCUCAUUGUUAAUGCAUUAACUAACAUUAACUAAUAGGACUUUAUUGUAAAUGUUAGUGAAAUUUCAAGUGAAAAGCGGUACAACAAAAUCGAUCCUUAACUUGGUCACUUGUUGUAAUUUACUUUACCUGUGUUUAUUUUUUAUCCAAGGCACUUGCAAUAUCUUGUAAAAUGUAAAUUCAAACUAUUAAAAUUAUUUACACCACCGGUCCAAACUUAA